AUGCGCAGAAGUUGAAUCUCGCCUUGCCAAAGAAGCGCAAGUCCGAUUACCUCAAAGGCAGGCGAAUUUUGUAUGUCGGUGGGGACAUGCAGUAUGCAGGCGUCCAGACGCGUGGUCGCAUGGACUACAUCAUUAAGCAUGGUGGCACCUUGAUACCAUCAUACGAUCCUUCUACCGUGACUCACAUCGUGACGGAUGCGACGACACGCCCGACACUGAAAGCCCUUGGACUCAAAUCGUUGAAAGAGAUCCCUGACAAUAUCCCAACGGUCACUUGGAGUUGGGUGAUAUCCGGGUACGGUCGUUUGGGUUACAACAAGCUUAAGGGCAAACGCGAUGGGGAAAUAAAUGAUACGAAAAGCAAAGCUAAUGCCACAGAUGACGACGAAGGUCUUCUUGAUUUUGAAUUUCUACACGCGGCAUUCCCUCAACGCAUCGAUGCCGGUAGAAGCUGGCAGAAGAGAGGACAGGGAAAACUGGUUCAAGCAAAGGGUCAAGUAAGCGCCUCUGCGAACGACCUUGGUGGAGAUUUCAGUCGCAUUUCCUCUUUCACUGAAGACCAUCAAACUGAAAAUCAACAGAGCAUAGCGCCAAAGCUAGUCGUUUUUCCUCCUGCACCCCUUACAUUCAUUCCCGCGGGGAAAGCUUCCAACACAGCUUAUCAUAAUAAUAACCAAAGCAGUCACAUUCACAAGCCACAGUCCAAUAAAGAAGACCCUCUGGCUGAGUUUUACGAGAAGGCGAGGGCUGAACGAGAUCGAGCCAGAAGUCUUGGACAGACCGAGACAGACGAGAGUGAUCAAGAAGAAGAGUUUUCGAAACUACCACGGGUUCCUCGGCGCGGUUUUACAUGCGACCGGAAGGAACCUGAGCAGCGCGAAUGCGUGAAUCAAGAUAUCAUUGAAAAGUUAGAGGAGCUUAUGGAGUUGCACAAGGCAAAACUAGGUGAAGAUGAUCGUUGGCGAGUGCACAGCUACUCGAAAUGUAUUCGUGCCUUGCGCAAUUAUCCAAAGAAAAUCAAAUCAUUCAACGAGGCCCUGUCAAUCAACGGCGUUGGUGAGAAGACUGCCCGAAAGAUCAUGGAAAUCAUCGAAACUGGCGAUUUGAGACGCAUUGGCUACGAAAAAACGGAUGAUGUCGAAGCCAUUAACUUAUUUCAAGGGAUAUAUGGAGUCGGCCGACAGAUAGCUCACAUGUGGUACAAUAACGGAUGCCGGACGCUAGAUGAUAUUCGAGCUCGGAAGGGUGGCAUCAAGUUAUCUCACGUUCAGGAAAUCGGUUUACAUUUCUACGAUGAUAUCAAUGAUAGAAUGCCGCGCAGUGAAGCAGAGAGUAUCUUCAACUUGAUUAAACCCAUUGGUAAAGUCUUACGUUGCGGGUUUUCACGAGCUAUUGAUCUUGAUGUGACGCAAACAGCUCUCAAACUCGACGAGCACCUUUAUAUUGACAUCAUGGGUAGCUUCAGAAGGGGCAAAGCUACUUGUGGCGACAUUGAUAUCCUAGUGACUCGACCAACCUCAGAUGGGAUAACACAUGCAGGUCUCCUUCCGGAGCUGCUCGCCCGUCUGCAUGCUGCAAAGAUCCUGACAGAGGAUUUGGCAUUGCCUGAUGAUUUUUCCGCUCUUGAAUUAUGUUAUCGUGGAUUGUGCAAGCGUCCCGAACCGGACGCAAAGCAUCGGCGCAUCGAUAUCUUAUGUGUUUCUUGGGAGAACAGAGGAGCGGCCCUUCUUUACUACACGGGUGACGACAUCUUCAAUCGGGCGAUGAGAAUGAAGGCAAAUGUUCUCGGGUAUUCUCUCAACCAACGAGGUCUAUAUGCAGGCGUGGUUCGAGACCCCCGGAACAGACGUGUCAAGAUUUCCGCAGGUAACAUUGUUGCGUCUGAGACGGAAGAGGAAAUAUUCAGAAUUCUAGGGGUGCCAUGGCAGGAGCCUCAUGAACGUGUACGGGGUUGAGGUGGUGCAGCUGAGCUCUUGAACUUCAUGGAACUAUUGUAAACAUGCGUAUUUAUCUUUUCUACACCGGAAAUUGGCUGGUACCAUGUGCUGGACUUUGUAUCAAUCAUGCUGGUGCAGAAUUUUUGAUCAAUGGUGGUAGUCCGAGUGCGCGAUUCGAUAAAUUUCUAAUCAUCCACUCUGAAUACCACUAGAUCAUUAGGUUUGGUCUAUGUCGGAA